UUGGUGCCGGAGCUGGGGAAGAGUACAGCUCCCUGGGAGAAUCAUGUUCCUUUCUCUUUGGGAAGGAGCCUCCCUGCAGACCCUCCUCCUCCUGUCUGCCAUUCUCCUGAUCCUGGCAUGUUACGUGCAGAGGAGGAGGCAGCGCCCUAAUUUUCCCCCGGGCCCUCCUCGACUGCCCAUAAUUGGCAACAUCUUUCAGAUGGGCCCUAAAAAUCCCCAAGACACCUUCCAAGAGUUUGCCAAGAAAUAUGGAAACAUUUUCUCCAUGGAACUGUUCGGUGCUCCCAUGAUAUUCGUAACUGGAUUACCACUGAUAAAGGAAGUCCUGCUCAAACAAGGCCAGGUGUUUAUUGAUCGCCCACAAACUCCUUUGAGCUCUUAUGCCUUUAAAAACAGUGGCAUAAGUUUGUCUAAUGGCCAAAUUUGGAAAGAACAAAGAAGAUUUACUUUAAUGACCCUAAGGAAUUUUGGCUUGGGAAAGAAGACCCUGGAACUUCGCAUCCAGGAAGAAGCCACAUACCUCAUUGAGGCUAUCAGGGAAGAAAAAGGACAGCCCUUUGACCCCCACUUUCAGAUCAACAACGCUGCUUCCAAUAUCAUCUGUUCUGUUACUUUCGGGCAUCGCUUUGAGUACCAUGAUUCCCAGUUUCGAGAGCUGCUAAAGAUCAUGGAUGAAGUCAUGUUGCUUCAAGGAAGGUGGGAGUGUCAGUUAUUCGAAAUAUUUCCUUGGAUAAUGAGAUUCUUGCCAGGACCUCACCAUAAGCUCCUUAGAAAAUGGAAGAAACUACAGUCUUUUGUAGCCCAUGUGAUCAAACAACACAAAGAAGAUCAGAGCUCAGAGGAGGCCCAGGACUACAUUGAUGCUUACCUGAAGGAGCUGUCCAAGGUAAUGGAGACAAGUGAUGUCAGCUCUAGUUUUAAUGAAGACAAUUUAGCUUCAUGCACCCUGGACCUCUUCUUUGCUGGGACAGAGACAACUUCAACUACUCUGCGGUGGGCUCUGCUGUACAUGGCCCUUUAUCCAGAAAUUCAAGGCAAAAUACAAGCUGAGAUCGACAGGGUGAUUGGUCAGUCCCGGCAGCCCACAAUGGCUGAUAAAGAAAAUAUGCCCUAUACUAAUGCGGCCGUUCAUGAAGUCCAGAGAAUGGGCAAUAUCAUUCCCAUGAAUGUGCCCAGAGUGGCCACAGUUGAUACCACAGUGGCAGGAUACCAUGUGCCAAAGGGGGCCUUAUUGAUGACCAAUCUGUCUGCCUUGCACAGGGACCCCAAGGAGUGGGCUACCCCUGAAACCUUCAACCCAGAACAUUUUCUGGAGAAUGGUCAAUUUAAGAAAAGAGAGUCCUUUCUGCCUUUCUCAGCAGGGAAGAGGGUCUGCCUGGGGGAACAGCUGGCUCGGGCUGAGCUCUUCAUUUUCUUCACUUGCUUGCUUCAGAGAUUCACAUUCCAGGCUCCCCCAGACACCAAGCUGAGCCUGGACUUCCGAGUUGGUGUGACCCUCUCUCCUGUCUCCUACCAAAUCUGUGCCCUUCCUCGAGAGACUCAGCCCAAGAUCGACCUAUAGGGGAGCCUGUCCAGGGGGUGGGGAAAGAUUUGGAAUCAACCUCAUUCUCCAUGGUCACCUAUCCUGCCUUUUGGAACUUGGGUAGAGAAAGGAAGAGAAGUUAAGACGGGAAGAAGAGAGACAACGGGAGGAUAGCCAUGGCCAAAUUUGAACCUUCCUGCUCCCCAAAAAAAGAGAGGCAUUAACCACACCCAAGGAAAGCAGAGUCCUUAUUAUAGCAUUUGGAGGUUGAGGACCUGAUGAAAAGUGUAUAAUCCUGUGUUUAACCAACAUAUAUCAAAGAGUUUGAAUGGGCUCCUUUAUCUCAAGUCCCCAUGCUCUUUCAUGAUAUCUGACAUUUCUAACCAACAUUUCUUAUAGACCUUCUGAAGGAACUUACUAAUUGAAGGCACAUUGCUCUCUGGGAAGGUCACUCCUUUACUACCUAAUUCAUAAGUAGGCAAUAGGGAGGAUGUGGUCCUACAUGGAGCAGAAGCCAAUUUGAAGACAAAUUACCAACUACUGAUGGGUAUCAAACUUCUUGUAAAGUGAAAAUUUGGACUCAACUCCCACGUCUAAUGCUUUCCAGAUGAAAUUGACUCCCCUCUCAGUCUCAGUUUAGUCAUCAAGAAAAUUAGUUUUGAGAUUUGAGAAAAUAAGAGUCUUCUAGAAUAGACGACCUCUACAAUCCCAUCCAGUUCUAAAUUUAUGGUUCCCUGAGGCAUGGAUUCUUGACCUGGGAUCCAUGAAUUUAAUUUUUCAUUUUGCUUUGCUUUGUUUAG